AUGGCCACCUUUCAGACAAUCCUUAUCAUCGGAGCCACCUCGGGAAUUGGCGAAGAAUUAGCUCGCCAGUAUCAUGCCAAAGGCAAGAAGGUCAUUAUUUCGGGUCGUCGGACAGGGAGACUGGGUGCUCUGACAACUGAGCUACCAAGGUUGGGCUCCGUCCAGAUGGACGUAAAGGAUCUUGCAGCUUUGCCAAGCAAGAUAGAUGAAGCAUUUGCGAGAUACCCAGAUAUUGAUGCGGUGAUCAUAAAUGCCGGCAUCCAGCAUCUCCUGGACUUCAACGCCACCGAUGCCUCUGCAGCCCAGUACCCAACCACAGAGGCAAUCUCCGAUGAGAUCACAACCAAUCUGACCGGUCCAACCGUCCUGGCACGCUGCAUCAUCGAACACUUCAAAGCCUCGCGACCAAACCAACCUUGUCUUCUAGCCUUUGUGACUUCGGGUCUGGCGUUGGUCCCAGCCGCUGUGUUCCCCGUGUACUGUGCCACAAAAUCAGCGCUGCAUUGCUUCACGGUGCUCUUGCGGAACCAGCUCAAGGAUACCUCUAUCAGUGUGGUGGAGAUUUUGCCUCCGUACGUGGAGACAGAAUUAGAUAAAGAUCACAUUGAGGAAUUGGCCAGACGCAUGGGUGGGACGAAGCCGCAGGGGAUGCCGGUCAAGCAAUACGUUGACCAAGUGGUGCGAGGAUUAGAGGUCACAGAAGAGAAUGGGAAGAUCCAGAAGUAUGUCGCUGAUGGAUUCCCUCGUGCGGCGGUCGACGCAUGGAUCACGGCUAUCAGUCCCAUGACAAAGAUGUUGCAUACCGAGCUAUAA